GAGGAAUCAAAUUGAUCAAAAUCCACAGAGGCCAUGCCAUCGUUUCAUGCCCGGGUUCCGAAGCACAUCUUCUCCACAGUUUCUAACUCUCUUGGCCACUCAAAACUACGUCGUUUUAGCUCCGGAACUGAUCGCGGCCGUGAAAUGGAGGCUCCGGCGAAACAACCGCCGGAGCCGAUACCCAAUAGGCCGUUAAGAGGCCAGAGAGCGUCGAAUCCCCAACCCAAUUUAGAAAGAAGGAGAGAGAGCCCUCCCAAUUUGGAGAGGAGGAGGGAGAACCCUAAUCCGCCAUUGCAGGACAGCAGUUUUCUUGAGAAGCUGAAAAUGGGUCUUGAGAAGUCGAAGAGAGAGAAGCCACAGGAAGCGGCGGAGCCACCGCCGCCGCAGCCGCAGCCGACGGAGGAGGCCAAUGAGAUAUUCAAGAAGAUGAAGGAGACGGGUCUGAUUCCCAAUGCGGUGGCAAUGCUUGAUGGGCUCUGUAAAGAUGGGCUGGUCCAGGAGGCAAUGAAGCUUUUCGGGUCGAUGCGCGAAAAGGGGACUAUUCCUGAGGUGGUGAUAUACACUGCUGUGGUGGAGGGAUUCUGCAAAGGCCGGAAGCCCGAAGAUGCUAAGAGGGUUUUCAGGAAGAUGCAGAGCAAUGGGAUUGUUCCGAAUGCGUUUAGUUACAAUGUGAUGGUGCAGGGGCUGUGUAGGUGUGAGAAGAUGAAGGAUGCUGCUGAGUUCUGUGGGGAAAUGUUGGAAGCGGGUCACUCGCCGAAUGUGACUACUUUUGUGGGGUUGGUUGAUGGGGUGUGCAAGGAAAAUGGGGUGGAAGGAGGUGAGAGUGUGAUUGGGAAGUUGAAGCAGAGGGGAUAUGUGGUUAAUGAGAAGGCUGUUAGGGAGUUUUUGGAUAAAAGGGCAUCGUUUUCGCCAAUGGUUUGGGAAGCUAUCUUUGGGAAGAACCAUUCAAAGAAACUUUUUUGAGUUGAAUUGCUUCUUGGAAGUAUAAGAAAUUGUUCAACAAUUGAGAUUCAACUCAACAUCAUAAACUACCGUGCUUCUGGUGUUUCUGUAGAUGUAGAAUCUAGCAUGGACCUGCAUUUGCAUGCUUAAUCUGUUGGAGUAACAAUAAACAAUAGUUAAGGAAUG